CUAGAAGUGCUAGUAAGUACCUACAUAAAAAAAAAACUAAUAAGGUUUACUCGGGUAAUUCCGAAUGUCGAAAACUGUCGGAUAAUUCCGAAAAGAGACUUUUAUUAUGAUGGAAUUUAGGGUGAUUUUCAUCUGAAUUUAGGAAUUAUCCGAGAUUCGGUAUUACCCGAAUACACCUUAGGUAUAAAACUUGAGGUAAUCGUGCUGUAAUCAUGAGUAACUUGUCUAAUAGUUUAAUUUAAAACAUCGUAUAAGUAAACCCUUAUUCAUACCUAAUUUACUUAAAAACUCAUCUCAAUAAACGCAUGAAACGCAACUCUACAUAUUACAUAAAUUGUACAGUACAAGAAACUCGUCUGAUUUCAUAGGAUGCCGACAGAGGCGCUGGUGUGCACAGACAGCCAGACAGCCGAAGCCAACGGGCGGGAUCAAUAAAAAUAACGGGGUAGCGGUUAUCCUGAAUUAUUAUCUACAUCGUGAACUUGAACCUAUAUGCUAUCCUUUAUUUACUACGCGAAUAAGGUAGGUAAGAUAAAAUACGAAGCAUUCUAGGGGAGCAUGAGAAACGGAUUAGAGUAGACCAAGCUUAAUUGGCAGGUAGUGAACGGAAAUUUCCGUUCACUGUUGGCAGCGAUUUUGAUGGCCAAGACUCUGCAAGUGUUAUUUUAAACGUCACACUUUUAUGAAAAUUAUAACGUUUAAAUUAAAUAACAUUUGCAACUUAGCUUUAGCCAGUUGAACUAUUUUUGGGACUACUACUGCCAUCUAGUAAGCUAUACCAAAGUUUAUCCGCCGGCUAGCGCUAUUAGUGAUUCUACUCGACACUGGAUGGCGCUGUAUAACAAAGAUAUUACAUGGUAACACUUUAAUGUUGUUGUUCGAUAUUGGUAGCAUUGGAGCCUCAGUUUAUUUUAGCCAAUAGCAAGCAAGAAUCUCAAUGUUUUCAUUCACUUUUCAUUCCAUUCAAACUUUCCCGCGGUGGCCAUUGUUUCCCAUGCGGAAUUUCCGCUCGAUGUUUUUUUUAAGUUUUUAUUCUCAUUAUUUGUGAAUGUGAAAUAGAAUAGCCUUAAAAUAAUUUUAAUUAGAAAUGAUAAAUAAUUUAAUUUAUUGUGUACUAACGAAAGUUGCGGAUAAGUUGUUUUUGUAAUCUACGAAAGUUUAUUCGGCUUUUCCUGAAAUAAACUCUGUCUUACAGCUUUUUAUUUACAUUCAUAAUAUUUCUAAAAUUACUUAUUAUAAAAUCGAGGAAAGAUCGGAAAUGUAUAUUGAAUAAAUUUUAUUAUAAGAGUCAUGUGUGGAAAUGAAACCAGUGAAACUAUUUACAUAUGGAAAGUGGGCGACGUCGCCAUAGCUUGGUUAUCCAAGAAAACUUACGCAAAAGUCACAGUAGUGAAGGACAAUCGUGGUCGAUUUCAUGGUGAUAAAGUUUUAGGCGUAACAGUGCAAAAGGAUGCCUCUGAUAAAGUUAAGUGGAAGAAAGAGCUGUGCUAUCACGUUGAAACAUUCUGCACAAAACAGCGACUUUGGAUACCCUGGACUGCCCUGCGUCUCGCAGAGAGGUGCAGACCAUUCUACGGGCCUAGCAGAGUCAUCAAACCGAAGGGUGUUGUUACUAAAACUAGCCCUGGGACUGUGAAGAAGAUCACAAAGGUAGAUCCCCUGCUGCCCUUCAACGUCAAGCCAGACCACUACAAAACGCCAGACUUCAACGCCAAAUACGACCAGUCACACCAACCGCUCAAGCAGGGCAAACAUGAGAACUCUUUUAGGGAGUUUGUGCGGAGGGGAAAGGAAAUGUUCUUCGAUACAUAUUACAAGGUGCUAAUCAAGGAGCAAGCUAUUGAGAGCCCUGAUACACUUGACUAUCUCUUACAAGUGGACGCCAGUACGGAGGAUAAGUUCGACCUGGUCAUCAAGAAUAUAAUGACGGAGCGUGAGAUAGAAGAUUACCUGCAUCAAUGCUGGAGGUACAACUACGUGCAUAAACGACUGCCGGCGAACGCUGAAAAUGAGACAGGAGAGAAUACACCAGUUCGAAAAGUGGCUCCGAUAUCUUGGUGCCUCGUGUGCGGGAGCCACGAGGGAAAGCGCCGUGAGUGUCCGCGCUGCCCCGCUGCGUACCAUGUCGCCUGUCGGAAGGAAUGGCUCGUCAAAAUCAUACAUCGAAAGAACCCUCCGAAGAAGCAACCACAAAAAGAGGCACCUACCAUCUCCAAGGUGUUGUCCAGUACUCGGAGCCUGACCUCCAGCGCCGUGGUCCCAGCACAGCUGCGAGAGGAGCUGCCCUGCCCUAGCUGCAUGUGGGGACCCAAGCCAGGGUACGAUGACGUGGUGUGGCACAAGCUGGGCUGGUGCGCGUGGUGGCCGGCGCGCGUGCUGGCGCCGGGCGACGCGCCCGCCUGCCUGCUGGCCGCGCAACACCAGCCCAGCGACUACCCGCUGCGGUACUACGGUACGCUGAACCACUCCUGGGCUCGCAGCAGUCAGAUGGUGUUGUUCCUGCCCUCGCACGCCUCUCGCACCGGCGACUCCGUACUAACACAGGCCAUCAUGGACGCUGCCGACGACUAUAUCGCUGUCUACCUAACUUAGUGUCAUCUAUGCAUGCAGGUACGCUGAACCACUCCUGGGCUCGCAGCGGUCAGAUGGUGUUGUUCCUGCCCUCGCACGCCUCUCGCACCGGCGACUCCGUACUAACACAGGCCAUCAUGGACGCCGCCGACGACUAUAUCGCUGUCUACCUAAAGUAGUGGUCAUUAAGAGUGAUAUUCCGUCCAAUAUCAGUCUCACUCUCUGAUUAACUUUUUGAACGCAAAACGGCGCAUCCAAUUGCCGAUGUCACUGACGCCACGGGGGUAAAAUAAUCCUGAAGGAAGAUUAGGGGUUAUUAGGGUAAAUCCUCAAUAACUGUUCACCUUAUACUAUUCCAUUCACCUUAUUAUUAGAUUAGAAAUUAAUUCCAUUAAUCUAUAAACAGAAUUCAUUUUAGUGUAAGGUUUCAAUAACUGCCCAGCAUUCAAUAACUAGCCACCUUAAACUAAAAUGAAAUAUGUUUAUAGGUGAAUAGAAUUAUUUUUUUAAAGGUGACCAGUUAGAAUUACCUUAUUUUAAAUAAAUAUUUUAAUUUUAAUAGCUGUUAGAAUAAAAUUCUGAACAGAAUAUUUUCUUAAUAUUGUGUCGUUUAUCUAUCAAAUAGGUAUUUGCAAGUCAGCACUUAACUUCAUAUCCUUAAAGGAUUUGAGGUAAUCCCUUUAUCGAAGACGUGAUAAAAUGACUAAGAUAAAAAACCAUUUAAAUUCCAAUCAAUCAUUUGACGCAUAUUAUGUUUUUUUGUUUUUACGUUGACUACGAAAUAAAUUUUGAUUAGAUAAUUCUUUGUGCGAAAUUAUUAUUAUUUGGGCCAGUCAUCUUAAGCCUAAAAAGGGGGUCAACCUCGGAAUGAGAGAUAAUAAGCUGGAAACUCGUAUACACCUUCGUUAUGACGUGUUAAAGGUCCUCUUAAAAGUCGACGCAUAUAUCGUGUGCGCGUCAGAAGUUAUUCAAGGUUAAAUGUCACAAAAAUCGGUUUUUCGCGGAUAUCAAAAUUUCUAUG